CGUUCAAGUUGCGUGGCUUUAAUAUACCGAUGAAAGCUUAGGACGCAUCAUAAUCGAUUUAAUAUCAAGUCGAAGGAAUUUAUUGACGAAAGAUGCAAAGUUGAUGAAUUAUUAUGAAGAAACAACUGAUUCAAGUCCGUGCGCGAGUGUUAAUUAUCGCGCCAUAUCACGGCGUUUAUCUGUGGAAAAAGUUUGAGCGAUAAGUUAAGUUCGCCUAGCAUAACCUAAGUAUGAACAUAAACAAAUACACGUAUUGCUUCCCCAUCGAAAUCAACCGACGUAUACCGAUUGCCAAUAAAAGCUGAUGUUAUUCAGUUUUACGAUAGAAAUGCGGAAGGACGUAAAUUCAUUGGAAUACAAUAUAAUAUUUAUUAUAAAUCGUACGUAAUGUCAUAAAUCCUAAAGGUGUGAUGGAAAAUCAUUCCGUUCGUAUUAAUUACGCCCAAGGUGUCCCUCAUGGGACGGAAGAAUUGUCGAUGGUACACGAAAGCCACGGGAAACAAUACACGGAACACGUUAAAAAACGGGAAGAAAUAGUCAUAUUGACGAACGACGUAAAGGGCGGUUUAUUUAAUCCAAGGGCGUUAUUAUUCCUAACGUUAUGGUAUGUCUUCAGUGGGUGUACAUUAUUUUUAAACAAAUACAUAUUGUCAUACAUGGAAGGCAAUCCAACUAUUUUGGGUGCCUGUCAAAUGUUAAUGACAGCAAUUUGUGGAUUUAUACAAAUGUAUUUUCCCUGCGGCAUGUAUAAGGCUAGUUCGCGUUUAAUGCGACCACCGGGUUUCUAUAAACAUAUGAUACUGGUUGGAUGUACAAGGUUUACAACUGUAGUCUUAGGAUUAGUAUCGCUCAAUUAUGUGGCGGUAAGCUUUACAGAAACUAUUAAGAGUAGCGCACCACUUUUUACCGUCCUUAUUAGCAGAUAUUUAUUAGGAGAACACACUGGAUUGUAUGUAAAUUUAUCAUUGAUCCCUGUAAUGGGUGGUCUGGCUUUAUGCUCGGUAAAUGAAAUCAGUUUCGAUUUGCGAGGAUUUAUCGCCGCUAUGGCCACGAACAUGACCGAGUGUCUUCAAAAUGUUUAUUCGAAAAUGUUGAUUAGUGGGGACAAUUUCAAAUAUACACCAGCAGAAUUACAAUUUUAUACAAGUUUAGCAUCGGUCGUGGUACAAAUACCAGUGUCAAUUCUAUUAGUAGAUUUGCCGGCUCUUGAGCAUUCCCUAAGUUUUAAAAUAUUCGCGGCAUUUCUCUUGAAUGGCGUGUUCUUCCAUUUUCAAAGUAUUACGGCAUAUGUACUUAUGGAUUAUAUAAGUCCUGUGACGCACAGUGUCGCCAAUACAGCAAAAAGAGCUUUCUUAAUUUGGCUCUCAGUUUUACUGUUCAAUAAUUCAGUAACCGGUUUAUCGGCCCUUGGAACUUGUGCUGUAAUAGCAGGUGUAUUGUUAUACAAUCAAGCGCAAGAAUAUGAUAGGAUUAAAACUGCUAAAUUACGACAUACUUCGAAAAUUAAUUUACAGUAAUAAAAUUUCAAAAUCAAUAAAAAUUUAUAUAAAUACUGACAA